GCCCAACCCAAAGAGCGCCCUUACUCCUCAGCCCAGAAACAGACCAUCACCGGAGAAGAACAGGACCAACAAAGCCUCACAAAAACCCUCCUCUUCUUCUUCUUCUUCUUCUUCUUCUUCUUCACAGAGCAUCCUGCCAUUUGAACUCCAUCGAACCAGAAUACAGAAGAAAGAACAAGAUGGGGAGCAGACUGGGGAGACGAGUAGUCAACUUCGCGAACCUUCCAAUCAAGCUGCUAAUGCCAACCACUUUCACUAACAUCAAAGAGAUAGCCCUCAAGACCAUACCUUCUGCCUCCAAGAUCGAGAUCAAGCGCGUCCUCGAGUCACUCUAUGGCUUCGACGUCGAGAAGGUCCGAACCCUCAACAUGGAAGGCAAGAAGAAGAAGGCUGGUGGCAUCUUGUACGCCAGACCCGACUACAAGAAGGCUUAUGUCUCGUUGAGAACGCCUCUAUCCAUCUCGGAGAAUCUGUUCCCAAUCAAGGUUAUACAAGAGGAGAGGCAGAGCCAGACCAAGAACAAGAAUGUUGUGGAAGAAGAGGAAAGGAAAAGGCAUUGGCUUGAUGAGAAGAGGGAGAGUGGGAAUGAAGGCAGGGUUAAAGUGAGGGCAAAUAAAGGGUCAAGGUCAGGUCGUGGCGGUGGGGAGGUGAAGUUCCCCUGGAGCAGUAUGAAGAAGGCUAAUUAGGUGGGUACGAAUUUGUUCUGUUUGUCUUAGUUUUACAUGGAGUGUGGGGUUUAAUAAGGUCUUAUGGUUUCAUCUUGCCUUAAAACUGCGGUUUCUGUAAUGACUAUGAAUGUGGAAAUUGGGAUACAGUAUACUUCUUUUAUGGUUAGAAGGUUCUUUUUUGGCCGGAAUGGUUAGAAGUUAUGAAAAAUGCAUGUUGUUGAAGUCUUAUGAGAAGGCCUUUUGAUGUUAUAGUUCAUGAAUUGUGUU